AUGCUGCAGCCCUAUUCCGGUGCCGGCUCACCGCCGAUGUUUGGCGACUUUGAGGCCCAACGCCAUUGGAUGGAAAUAACCCUCUUUAUGCGCUACACUGUUCUGCUCUCGGAACUCCUAACCUACACUCCAGCUGUCAUCUACUUCGUCUGUACAUCAGCUAUCAGUCAGCUCACUGGGACGCCACGUCUUAGUCCAGGUGUUCUUUCUCUGUUCAUGUUUUCAUAUCCCGGUCUGAUACUGAUAGAUCACGGUCACUUCCAGUACAACUGCGUGAGUCUGGGUUUUUAUCUUCUGGCCUUUGGCCUCUUCUGCAAUGAUCGCCGUCUCUUUGGCAGCAUCGCCUUCUGUCUGGCCCUAGCCUACAAGCAAAUG